ACAUUCCUUGCACCCCUGUCCUGGGAUCAGUGCUCAUAGCUCAUGCUCCAUAAUCCCUUUACAGUCAGGACCCGCCCACUCUCCACCAGGUGAUUGACAGCCCGCUCAGCCAACGAGGUGUCUGCCGACUUGUCUGGCGUCCUUCCUUCCCCCCCUCCUUCUGCUUGUCCGACUUUGUUGCUCUCCUGCCCCGCUAGCUAGUCUCCAGUCUCUCCGGGGAACCGAGGAACAACUCGCCAAAGUCCCAACCAUGGAAGGCGACAACAUAAUAAUGCCUGUUUGACUCGGGGACACAUUUCAAGAUGCCAGGCCUUUUGUCCAGUCCUGUGUGUCUGACAGUCAUCUGGUUUUUAUCUUGGUCGCUGCGUCCCAGUUGCGCUCAGAUUCAGUCUGAUGAAGUGUUGGAUAUACAGUACGGGCACUUGGAGUCAAAUGUGACACUACCAUGCGGGAAGUCACAAAUCAGGAUACCCGUGGUGUGGCGGCACAAUCAGAGCUCAGCAUUACCAUGGCACCAGGUAACAUCAGAUGGAAGCUUAGUCCUGCAGCAUGUGGACCACUCGGCGCAGGGCGACUACAGCUGCUAUGACAACACAGGGCUCCUCCUCCGCUCCGUCAACCUCAGGCUGGGACGUCCCCCUGGGCUUCUGAGUGUUUCCUGUCAAGUGCCCAAUCACACACAUGUUCGCUGCUCCUGGUUGGACUCCAUAAGGACGUUUCUGCCAGCUCAGUAUGACGCCUCCUUCAGGGGGAACGGUAAGGAGUGGAGGCCGUGUGUCGUGGACAUCCCUCACAGGCGCUGUGAUAUAGAUCAGCCAACUUUCUGGCAGACCAUCCACACCCUGAGAGUGACUGAGACCAAUGCACUUGGAUCUGAGACAACAUAUGUUCGUUUUAAGCUACAUGAGCUAUUAAAACCAGACCCUCCAGAGUUGGUGUUGGUGAAGGAGUUAGAAGGCUUUCCAAAGAGACUGACGGUCACGUGGAGCUUUCCCUCCUCCUGGCCGAAGCACGAUGCUUUCCCUCUCAUGUUUCAAAUCAGAUACAGGCCGCACGGCUCGAUAUACUGGUCAGAGAUUUACUCUGAAGAGAGUCCGGCUACGAUAUUUGACGCCCUCGCCGGCCACCUCCACCAUGUCCAAAUCCGAGCCCGUGAUGAGGUGAACUCUGAGAGCCAGUGGAGUGAAUGGACUCCUGUGUUUCUUGUCAAACCCUGGGAAGUUUUCACCACCACUGAACCUGUCGAGGAGGAAAACGACAGCCACAUCACAAAACCAGAAACCUCUACUGCAAAGUCACACAAUCCUGAACUUGAGGAUGAAGGUAAUUUGGGUUUGGUGAUUCUGCUGGUUUUGUUCUCCGUGGUCAUCCUCACCACCGUCCUUUCCCUCAUCUUUGUCGUGUGGGUAAGACAGAGGCGGCGCGAUCAUGUGACCAAACAGGAACUUACCUCAAUGGUCAAGAUGAAGUCCAUGCCGAUCUAAUGUUAAUUUGGAAUCAACUUCUCCUCAUCAGCCUGUUGUAGGGCUACUCCCACAAGUCAUCCUCUGAAUCCACCACUGUAGCAGACUGGCCCUCCGUAUUGAACUACAUUAACCAGAAUGCAAUCAAUGAGUCCAUCCAGGAUCUAUGACAACAGGGAGGCACCCUGGAGUUGGGAUAAAGGACCCAUGUCCAUAAAAGUUGACUGAAGGGUAUGUUUUGCCGGAUUUCCCUGGACAUAUUAAGAGGUAACAUUGAAUUGCGAUACCCACAAUGCAUCAGCCAACUCCUCAAACUGCACUGGGCUGGAAAACAAACCCAAUCCUGUUUUGUUAAGUCCACUUCAGCAGAUUCAAUGCUGUUCCCCCCCUGAUGGGAUGGGAUGGAGUGAAUCUGCAUCAGGACAUUUGAGUUCACUCACAUCUAAUGCUGCUUCAGUCGGACUGACUCCUCUUUUCAAAAAGAGGAGGGUUUUUUUUGGUUUUUUCUUUUAGCUUUUGACCUUGGAAGCAACAAGGAAGUACAGGAAGUGCAGCUGCCAAACAGGAGAACAUUUUUCUUUGGUGUGAAGGGGAAGAUUAUUUUCUCGGACGACUUGUCUCUUCUCUCAAACUCACGUUCUUUAAGUUGUGGACGUUCAGUGUAAGAAGUAACAUCCGUUAUUACAUCAAGUGACCGACUGACUCAAUGCUGUGAAGGAAACAUAACUUCUGCCAGUGUCUCUGUGUGUUUGAUGCCAAAGCAGCAACUAUGGGCAUUAUGAUAUCAGCUGAGGGGCAGGAGGAAACCUGUUACCUGACCUGAGGGUGGGGAUAUGGAGGAAAAGGUCCAGGGUGGGCAGUAAAGGUUAUCUAGACUUAAUUUCAUUUAUGUCAAGUCAUUUCUUGUUGCAUGACCUGGUUGUUUUGUUUUGUAAUAUGUUUAGUACAGGUGAGCCUCUGUUUCUUUUUAUACCUCUUGAUAUCCAUCCACUGAUCCAGAAAUAGAGUGAAUGUUUAUUCACACAUGAGCUGAAAGAAAUGAGAAAGUGAUAGGAAGAAGGAUAUCGGCCUUUCAUUAACCACCAGCACUAAUAUAUGACAGAGUAGCUUAAAGCCCCUGUAAGGGUUUUUUAAAAGGUUAUGAAACAGAUUGAAAUUGAAAGUGAUACCUCUUUAUGAUCUACAAACACAAACAAGACUAUCAGCAACAGUAUUGAUAAUUUCUAUAUUGUCAUUUUGAAUGCCUGCAACCUCUGCAGGGGGCACACUGAGGACAGCUAACUCACAGUGAGUGACAUAUUUAGAAAAGACAAAUCAGAAAGCAGGAGGAGGUUUUUGUCUGAAAAUACUUCCUGGACAAGAUCAGCAAAGUGAUAAGACGUACAUCUUUGCCUACAGGGGGCACCAAAAACAACACACACUAUACAGUAGCUUUAAUUAGCAGGAGAAAAUUGAAUCAGUGAUGGUCCAAUUUUCUGUCUACAUAUGAAAAGAGCCCUCAGUAUAUUACAUUGUCGGUAUUGAAAAUGGUUAUAGACAGCGAGCAGAUUGCAAGACACCUCACACUGUCUCUCUGUUUAAAGAUAAAAGUCUAACCAUUUUAAUUUGAUCAUCAAUUUGGUUAAUGACAAGUCCAAAUUCUUUCCCACAGUGCAGCAAGCAAAAACAGGAAGUUCAAGGUGUGUAGGGGUAACAUUGAAGUCGGCACACCAUGUUUUGUUUUACACAGCUACAGAGCAGUAUGAGAAUGUUUUAGCAUCACCCCUCUAGAAUACAGCAUAACCUGCUUUUCACUCAAAGUCAACUGUGAGUAUAUCACUACAAAUUAUUAUCCUAAUUACUUAAUUACUGUAGAUAUUUUUUAGGGGAUAACAUUUCGGAACCAAAUUUUGAAAAAACAUUAGAGUGAUAUUUUAUAUCACUUAGUGUCUUGAGAAAAUAAAAAAGCCACGCCUGACAUGUGGGAAGCUGGAAAAAGAAAUCAAUUGGAGCCUUCUUGACAAAUUAUAAAACAAGAGUUCAAGAAUAAAAACUGUUCUUUAUUGACUUAUUUUUUAAUUUACCAGACUAGUGUUAUUGUCGAUGUCGGGCAGAAACCUUGUAUCUCCAUAUUUAAUUAUCUUAGCUUUUUUUCAAUGCUAUUGAUCUUCCUUUAUGUCUGUCAAUAGGCUUUCUAAAAUAUGGUUAAAUGGACUUGUACUUAUGGAGCGCUUUUCUAGUCUUUCUAACUACUCAAAGCACCUUUACACUACUCACUCAUUCACACAACAUUCACUCACUGAUGGUAGAGGUUGCUACAGUAAGGGACCAUUAGUAUUAUCUAAUGUCAUUCAUACACAUUCAGACACUGCAAGCAAUUUGGGGUUCAGUUUCUUGCCUAAGGACACUUUGGCAUGUGAGGAGCUAGGAUCAAACCACCAACCUUCCGAUUGAUAGACGACUGACUCCACCCACUGAGCCACUACUUCCAUAAUAUAACAGAAAUUAUUUUAAAAAGGUUUGUGGCUGAAUCUCCUGCAGUAUUUAGUUAUGUGAAAUAUGUAGAUUUUUUUUUACUUAGUAGUGGUUUUGGAGAUACAAGGUUUCUCUGCGAAGGUGACGUUAUGCAAAUUUGUUGUCUGGUCAUUCUUCUAAGGCCAUCUCUGGUGAGUCUCACUGACACUACACUUAAAGUUUGCAUAUCUGAGUGAACUUACAAUGAACUGAGUAUCACUAAAGGGUGUUUGUGUUCAAAUAAGAGACAAUUAGAUGGUAGUUAGCCAGCUAAGUUAAUGUAUACUAAGCACUUUUCUGUUCUGUUAUUAAGAAAUAAUAUACCUUUAACUCCUCUGGGAAACUGCUUUCAUGACCAAGUCUCACGAACAUUUUGACUGUCUAUCUGUAACAAAAUGUAUGUUUUACACUAUAUAAUGAGGCAGAUUCAGCAGGAUCAAAAAUGAUAGGAUACUGACACAAACAAUGAACACACUGAUUGUGGAAGUCAGGUCCUAUCCAAUUUAUCUACAUCUCCAUGACUGAUAUACCAGCACACCGUCUUACCAGUCAAUCAUUCAACAAUGGAUUGUUAAUCUCCUGAAAUCUGGGUUUAUAAAUCUGAGCCUGUGCAGCAAUGUGUCUGAAAUGAGCACAAAACACUACAUUGACAAGAGCAACUCUCGCUCUCCGUGUUCACAUCCCAUGAAUGCUGACUCAUAAAAAGAUAGAGGACAAAAAUCCCCACAUGCCUUCACAAUUACUUUGGUUUAGAUUCACUUUUGACACCUCUACAUUCAUCUUGGCUAACCCUGCAUUAAUGGAGGUGAGAAACCCAUAAAGAGAAAAAUGUCUAUUUUCUUUCUUUCUUUCUUUCUUUCUUUCUUUCUUUCUUUCUUUCUUUCUUUCUUUCUUUCUUUCUUUCUUUCUUUCUUUCUUUCUUUCUUUCUUUCUUUCUUUCUUUCUUUCUGUGGGGUGCUGAUUAAAAGAAUGAAUAAUUGUGUUGAUCCAAAGCUGUGUAUCUUAUCAAUUGAUUCAAUGAUCGACUGACGUUUGUAUCAGAAACACAAGGUGCAUCUGAGUCACACUUUAGCCAGUUUGACAACUGUAUGUUCUCUUGAGCUAGCUCCACGUUAUGCAUGGAUCCAGUUGAAGCUUUUGUGUAUGUUAUUGUAUAUCACACUUUCAAAAGAUUCAUGUUCAUGUUUAUAUGUGAUGUUUAUAUGUAGAGACUAAAAAUAUAUAUUCUUUGGAAAGGAUUUUACAGACAUGGAUUAAAGCUGGACAAAGUAGCCGUUAUUACCAACAAACUUCACCCAUCCUCCAUUCUUUCAUACUUUAAAGAUCUGAAAUCCAUGGAUUAAAAGAUGCCUUUUACCUGCAAAAGUUAGUCUAAUCAAUAUAUCAGCAUUUCAAUGCAAAACUCCAGAAUUGACUCCCACAGAGAAAGGUUAAUCCAUGUCUGGAGAAUCCGCCCGUCAUUGUGUUUGUGUUUCUUUCUACCCAGUUAUAUGAAGCUGUGUUACUGUACGAUUACUGUAUGGACACUAUGUUUACUGAUUUCACUUUCAACCAACUUGCUUUUCUUCAUGGUGUUUUCUUGAUAUCGUGAUGUCACAAGUUGUUAUUUCUGCUUCACUUCAAUUCCACAAAGAUUCAAUAAUCAUCAUCAAUAGUGUUUGACAAGAGUUGAACUUUUACAUGUAGUUUAAAUUGAAGAGAAAUACAUUUUAAAUUUCUUAUGAACAGGCCAGGAAUCAAUGAAUAUAAGCAUGUUAUUUUUAUCAACCAAUCAGUCUUUUUAUAUAUAUAUAUAGCGCCAUAUCAAAACAAGUUUUAUCCCUUUACAAAGAGAGCCGGUCUAGACCGUACUCUGUUACACACAGGACUCAGUCUGAGCUCGUCUCCUUUUAACAGGCAGAAAUCUCGAGCAGGACCAGACUCAAGUUAGACAGCCAUCUGCCUCAAUGUUGGGGUUUUUAUCAAAGUAUCACCUUCAAAUGUUAAGAUGCCAAUCUUUUCUUUAAAUUCUCCUCAUCUAUCAAUUUUUAGAUAUAAAUACACAAGUUCAUUUGCUUUAAUAUACUUAUACGUUAGAGUUUAAUUAACUUCAUUUUAAAUAACUUACUUUCUCCCUCAUUUUUACUAAAUACUUUACUUAGACCUUUAACAUACAAAUUUAUAGCAGUACUUUUAAAAUAUAGCUAAUAGGAAAUCUCAGUGCUACACUUUCAGGUAACACUUGUUUACGCCUCUUAACAGCACUUAAAAGUCAAAGCAACACUCAGAUUAAAAUAGUUUUAUAAUAUAUAUUUUCACAAACACUUGGCAUGUUACAAUUGUAUAAACAACCCUAUAGAUUUAAUUUUAUAUGGACCACUUGUUGAGUCCAAUAAGUUUAUUUUGUCCAUCCUGUCUUCAAUAUUCAAGGUGAGUUCUCUUCUCUGUGAUUUAUCUAUCUCCACCUUGUUGUUUCACUCGAGGUGUUUCCUCUGUUGUUGGUGGACACUUCACUGGUAUUCUCAAUCUGUCAAAGUCCCUCUGCAGUAUGUGAUAGCAGGUGGAGCCUGUUGGUUUCAGUUGUUCUGACUCAAAUUACACUCAGGCGUCCAUCCUCAGAUGUACAUGGUCUUUCUUUUGUUUUUGCUUUCUAUGUACCACAGAUAUCACCAUAAGCUGUUUUUUUUUUUCUUUCUGUCCUUGUAUGUGUCUGUGAAAUAAAUACUAUUUUAUCACAUUA